AUGAGUUUUUCGCCACCAUCAACUCCUCCGCCACCACUGCCUCCACCGACGUUCCAGGUCACCGAAAAUGAUGAUUUUGCGAGAAAUGGGAGCUUCGGGGAAUCUAUUGCAGCUUUCGACAGUGCUGUGUCGAUGAAAAUGGCUCUCGAUGAUGGGGAGAUCGAGGCUAUAAAAUGGGAUUAUUCAGAUAGUGGCAUCGAGGGCGGCUACGUCAUCGACAAGGCGGAGGAAGGGGUCCCAAAGAAAGACAGAGAGAUUAUUUUUUGCUGCAAAACUGAUGGGAAGGGCUGGAAAUGCAAGAGGAAGGCAGCUGAAGGGAAUUCAUUAUGCGAGCACCAUUUAUCUUUAGUACGAAACUACAAUAACUGGGCUCCGCUUGCAGCCAAGAAAGUCGAUAAUGUGGCGGCUGACUCUCGAUUGAUCAUUUAUGAUUCCGUUGUUAGUUGCAUGCCAGCCUCUUGGACGGAAGAAAGAAGGGAAGUUACUGAGCGACAACAACAGGUUCUGUCUUUUCUGUCUUGA